GGUUCAACCAAUUAAUUAAGUAGCACCAUUUCAUUCGUGCAGUCGUUUUCCUCAUCCUUGCCCUUUUCCUCUGUUUCUGCACAGGACAUUUAAGGCCACAGAUAUGGAGGAGAAUGAGAUCAAUCAAAAACGAAAUCACAAACGAGGAUCCAGUGCUUCAAAUGGAGGAAAGAAAGCGACCAAGGAAAAGCCUCAGAACUCUGCUCUCCGUUGCUGCACCAACUCCGCUGUGGCAAUGAAAACUUGUAAGGCCCGUGGCAGAAAGAAUAUUGAGACUUUUAGGCCCAAGCUCAAGACUCUGGUGGAGAACAUGGAAGCCAAAGCGGCAGAGAUGCGCCGUGAGAGAGAGGAGAUGCUGGAAAUCUCAGCUGCUGCUGGAGAGAUAAAAUUAAAGCUGGACCUGUUGAAGAUUUCAAUUAACCAGAACACCGUUGAGAUGAUUCGAAUCACAGAAGAUGUGAACAAGCUUGCGGAGAUUCUGCUACUUCAGCUUAAUUAAUUAGCUGAGAAAUAAGAAUAAAGGGAUGAGGGAAAAAAAAAAAAUGAUACAUAAUCAGUUUACUUUGCUUAUCUGGUGUGCAAAGUGUGUGGUGUGAUCGUAAAAUUAAGUUGGGUUUCAGUUUGGAGUGUGCUUAAUGUGAAUUGAAGUGGAGUUGAAUAAAGAGUUUGUAGAAUUCAUUUCAAAUUUUACAACUCUUAUGUUUGGUUUGAUUAAAAUCUAUACAAUUAA